AUGACGUCGUACCUGCCCUUCGCGCAGUCGAAUCUGUUCCGCACCAAGCGGAAAAUGUCGGGACCCGUAGGCUCCUGGGGCCCGCUGGACGAGAAGAACGCGGUAUCGUGGCCUGAUAUCAACAGCUCCCCGGUGACUGUCGGAGGAGGCCGCAGCCCCAGACACUGGUGCGACUCGGUAGACUACCGUGAGGUGGUGAGCUUCGUGCUGUUCGCGCUCUACAUGGUGGCCGACGUAGGCCUCGGCGUCAUGGUGUGGGUCACUUUUUUCAAGUUUAUCAUCGAGCCCGACCAGAAUCGCUCGCGCGCUACCUGGGGAGGCAUUUGGCUGCUCUUCGCCGGCACUUUCUUCUACGUGCGACGUCUCGUGCGCUCCCGCGUGGAUGUCCAUCUGCGCGGCAUGAUGGACCACGCCGAGAUCUUCGUAGCCAUGUCGCUCGUCAUGGUGUUCUCUGUCAACAUCGCCUUCUACCUGCACGUGCCUGCCACGAUGCCGCUCAAGGAUCUGGGCUUCAUGCUGAUUCCAGAGCAGGGUCUUCACUCUAAGUGGCGGCCAGUGAGCGACAUCCUGACCGCCGGCGUGCCUGUCAUGUUCCUGCUGCAAACGGUCUUCAUGACUCGCCCCAACCGUUGCCGCAUCGUGUCGUCCUUCUUCCGCAUCGCCACGAUCUGCUAUUUCCUGCGCAUGCUUACGGUGUCAGUGACGUCGCUUCCCGGUCCUGCGCCACACUGCCGUGCAGGCAGCCCCGACUACUUUCCUCCAACCACGUGGGUCGAUAUUGUCACGCGCGUCGGACCCAUUUACGGCAACUACAACUCGUGCGGUGACCUCAUUUUUUCGGGACACAUGGCGUAUACAAACUCGGCCGUACUGCUGUAUCUACGCACGCUGGACCGUAAUUUUGCUGGCCGGACCGCCUCAAAGAUCCGCUGGGCGUGUGGCAUGGCGUACCUUGUGAUCUUGGCGGUGCUGUGCAUUGCUGGCCGCAAACACUACACGGUGGACGUUGUGCUGGGACUGAUCAUUUCGACUCUAGUGUUUUUCCACUUUGAGCACAGCUGGACGCCGCUGUGCUUCCAGGUGCCGCAUGGUUUGCUGCCUGUGGGUGACUUGCAGCGGAUCUACGGGUCACAAUGGCGGAAACGCUUCAGUAUGGACGUUCCCGACGAGGCGCUGAACGAGCUGGACGACGCCGAGGGAGACGAGGAGGCUCGACGGCUGCUCAAGACGAACGCAUCGACGUAUAACCAGGUACAGCUCAUCUGCUAG